AAGCUGUUUCCUGGCACUUUUGUUCCAUGAUACUCUUCAGCCUCGUGAGCUUCUUCUCAUGACGAGGCUCGGCUGAUCUUCGGUUUGUUUGGUUCAAUGACGACGAAUAUGUAGACAUUCUUUUUCCUUAUGAUCACCUUUACUCUCCUUCCAGCUGGAUAUUCUUGCAUCGUCAUUCGGACGACCGGUAUCGAAUUGAGCUUACGGGACGACCUAUUCUACGUUUGACUGAUAUCUCAAUGCGACUCUAACCGUUCAUAUAUCCAUCUCCAUCACAGUCAAUUCAGUAUGACCACAGACACGGAAACAUCUCCCUCAACCGAGCACAACUCCAGCACCACCAACGACGCCGACAUGAAAGUCACCAUCAACCCGCAAAGGGCAACAACCCUGAUCUCUAACCUCGAGCACAUUCAGCAAUGCAUCUCCUCCGCUCUGUCUUCUCAGCCCGCCCGCUCCUCCACUCCACGACUCGUCGCCGUCUCCAAACUAAAACCUGCCUCUGACAUUUUGGCAUUACACAACCCUCCGACCUCUCAGCAGCACUUCGGCGAGAACUACGUACAAGAACUCCUCGAGAAAUCCAAGUUAUUACCCUCCAGCAUAAGAUGGCACUUCAUAGGUGGGCUGCAGUCGAACAAAGCCUCCCAUCUAGCCCGGGACGUCGACAGUCUGUGGGCAGUCGAGAGCAUCGACUCCGAGAAGAAAGCUACACUGUUAAAUAAAGGACGCAGCGAACGCAACACACGUCUGAACGACUCGACGCCUUUAAAUGUGUUUAUCCAAGUUAACACAUCCGGCGAAGACUCGAAAUCCGGGGUUGCGCCAGAUUCGUCUGAAUUAGUGUCGUUGGCCAAACAUAUACGCGAGACAUGCGAGAAUCUGCACCUUCAGGGAUUAAUGACCAUCGGCGCUAUUGCGCGGUCGAAAGCCACGACUCCGGAAACCGAGAAUGAAGAUUUCAUCUGUCUAAGAGAAACGAGAGAUAAACUUGCGAAGGAGUUGGAGAUAGAUAAGGACAAGCUGGAACUAAGUAUGGGCAUGAGUGAGGACUUUGAGGGCGCGAUACGCCAGGGCUCGAGUGAGGUCAGGGUGGGGAGUACGAUAUUCGGCGAGAGACCGGCCAAGAAGGAUGCGAGGGUUCUUGAAGACACGGAGGCUGAGAAGAAGUGAGAUACAUCAGGAGUUGAGGUCCCAUAAGGGGUUACCGUCAGGGACAACAUACAGGAGUUCUGAGACCGACUCGCCACCCAGACUACCGGCAGCGCAG